AUGGCACGCUUCACGCAAAUCACCGCCAUGUUGGCGGCUGCAACCCUCAGCAAUGCCCGGGCGCCCUUCAUCACGGAGCGUCAGGUCCCUGCUGACCCGACUGGCAUUACGACCAUCAAGUCUGCCCAAGGUGCUGAGAUUCGGUACAAGCAACCGGGAAAGGCUGGCGUAUGCGAAACCACCGAAGGUGUAGACGACUAUGCCGGCUACAUCAGUCUCAACCCUACGACCAACAUGUUCUUUUGGUUUUUCGAGGCCCGUGAGAAUCCGACUGAGAAGCCAUUGACACUUUGGUUGAACGGGGGACCAGGAAGUGACUCGCUCAUUGGUCUUUUCCAAGAACACGGCCCUUGCAAUGUCACCAAGGAUUUGAAGACUCAAUUGAACCCAUACUCAUGGAACGAGCGCAGCAAUAUGCUCUACCUCUCGCAGCCUGUGGGCGUAGGCUUUUCCUAUGAGACGACCGAGACCGACGAGGACGGCCGUUACUCGCUUGUUGAUCCCGACACUACAAACACUACCGAUGCUGCAGCCAUCGGUGCGUGGCACAUUCUGCAGGCUUUCUUGGACCUCAGCCCAAAGCUGGACCCGGAUAUCACCAACUUCACCUUCAAUCUGUGGACCGAGAGUUAUGGAGGUCAUUAUGGCCCAGCUUUCUACAACUACUUCUACCAGCAAAACGAGAAGAUCAAGAACGGCUCUGAAGCUGGUGUUGAGGUCCAGAUGGACACACUUGGCAUAAUCAAUGGUAUCGUCGAUGAGCAAAUCCAGGCCCCCUACUACCCCGAGUUUGCCGUAAACAACACCUACGGCAUCAAGGCUAUCAACGACACAGUCUACACCUUCAUGAAGAACGCCUUCUACAUGCCAGGCGGCUGCAAGGAGCAGAUUGAUUACUGCAAGCAGUCUGACCGCACGACUGAAGAUGGCUACCUGACCUGCUCAUCCGCUACUAACCUUUGUAGAUCACUGGUUGAGGAGCCAUACUAUGUGUUUGGCGGCCGAGGCGUAUACGACAUCCGGCACCCCUACGAUGACCCCACGCCACAGGACUACUUCGUAGACUUUCUGAACCUCGCGUCGACUCAGGAAGCCAUUGGCGUAAACAUCAACUACACCAGCACCAACGCGCGCAACGUGUCUCGCGGGUUCCAGCAAACCGGCGAUUUUGUCUUCCCCAACUUCAUCGAGGACCUCGAGGAGAUUCUCGCCUACGGCGUCCGCGUCGCGCUCCUCUACGGCGACGCAGACUACAUCUGCAACUGGUUCGGCGGCGAAGCCAUCUCGCUCGCCGUCAACUUCACAGGCGCCGCUGCCUUCCGCGCCGCGGGCUACACGCCCUUCCUCGUCGACGGCAUCGAGUACGGCGAGGUCCGUGAAUACGGAAACUUCUCCUUCACCAGGAUAUACGAGGCCGGCCACGAGGUCCCUUAUUACCAGCCUGAAGCCAGUCUCGAGCACUUCAAGCGCGUGCUGGAUCAUGUGGUUAUUGCAGAUGGAAGCAUGGUUGUUACCAAGGAUUAUGCUACCAAUGGAACGGCUGAGUCGACGCAUACCGAGCCGUAUGUUCCGCUGCCGUCGCCUACGAGUUCUGCGGGUGCGGUGAGGAGGAGGAGGAGGAGGUUGGUUUGA